UACUAUUACUUAAUCUUUGGCUCUGGGACCAAACUGUACGUAACAGGUGAGGAGGUGGUGAAGCCCGUGGUGAGCGUGUACCCAGCAGCAUCCAGCGCCAACCUGGAGGGGAGGAGCUCCCUGCUGUGUCUGGCCUCCUCCAUGUUUCCUCCUCUGGUCGGGUUCUCCUGGAAAAGACAGAAGGAGAACGGUCCUCUGGUGGAGAUGCUCCCUGCUGAGGCAGAGCAGCUGGAGCUCACAGAGUCCGGACGCACCGCCGCCAUCUUGCUGGUCCAUCAGCAGGAGAACAGCCGCUAUCGAUACCGCUGCUGCGUCCAUCACGAGGGGGGAAGGGUGGAGGCCCAGACCGAGCAAGAGGUCAGAGUUCCUUCAUCAGCUCCUCCAUCAGCUCCUCCAUCAGCUCCUCCAACAGCUCCUCCAUCAGCUCCUCCAUCAGCUCUUCCAUCAUCUCCUCCAUCAUCUCCUCCAUCAGCUCCUCCAUCAGCUCUUCCAUCAUCUCCUCCAUCAUCUCCUCCAUCAGCUCCAGGCCCGUCUCCGUACCAGGUGAAGCUGCUGUGCCGGCUCUACGUGGGGCUGGUAGUGAAGAGCCUGGUGUUCUGCUGUGGAGUCUCUCUGGUGAUGGUCCUCAGGAACACUGCUCACAUGUAGGACUUCUCUCCUCUUCACCUCCAUCCGUUAGUCCCUUUGAUCAGCAAUCAUUAACAUCUGCUCCCAGGUGAUGCUGAUGUUCAGAUGUUAAACACCACCAUCCUAAAGGUAUGAAUACAUACACCUGUGUAUUCUACUGACAUUCACUGUAAUUUGCUGUCAUUAUUUCUACUGUUAAUUACAGUAUUUCUACUUAAACAUCUUGUAUAAUGAUGGAACAUGAUGCUUAAUCAUCAGCUGUCUGUUAAAUAUUCUGAUUUUCCUUCAAAUGAUGGUUGAUUAUCUGUUUGUUGGGAUCCUGAAGUGAUGGUUUUAUACGUAAUAUUGAUGAAGUCUAUUUGUGGUCGUUGUGUUUUCUGCUUCAGUUUGUUUCUUCAUGUAUUGAACACGUUGUGAAAUGAAUAAA